AGAAGAGCGCGCACACGCACACACAUUUCCUGUGUGUUGUGUGAGUUGUGACCUGUACAUACAUGCACGCUAGCCUCGCCUCGUACGCGACAACCAUGCCGGUCCUCGACCUCCUUCCGGAGAAGGCGCACGCCCACCAGUCCGCCAUGAUGCCCUCGUGCCAUGGCUGGGACGGCAAUGGCGCUGCCGUCGCACCCACCCCCAUGCCCAAGAGGCUGGACGGGAAGGUGGCCAUUGUGACCGGCGGCGCGGGGGGGAUUGGUGAGGCCAUCGUGAAGCUUUUUGUGAAGCACGGGGCCAGGGUGGUCAUCGCGGACAUCGACGACGCGGCGGGGGAGGCGCUGGCGGCCGCGCUGGGACCUCAGGUCAGCUUUGUGCGCUGCGACGUGUCCGUGGAGGACGACAUGAAGCGCACCGUCGACUGGGCGGUGGCGCGGCACGGCCGGCUCGACGUGUUCUGCAACAACGCCGGGGUGCUGGGCCGCCAGACGCGCGCCGCCAAGAGCAUCCUCUCCUUCGACGCGGGGGAGUUCGACCGCGUGCUCCGCGUCAACGCGCUGGGCGCCGCGCUCGGCAUGAAGCACGCGGCGCUCGCCAUGGCGCCGCGCCGCGCGGGGAGCAUCGUCUCCGUCGCCAGCGUCGCCGGCGUGCUCGGCGGGCUGGGGCCGCACGCCUACACCGCGUCCAAGCACGCCAUCGUGGGCCUCACCAAGAACGCUUCGUGCGAGCUCGGUGCGCACGGCAUCCGCGUCAACUGCGUCUCCCCCUUCGGCGUCGCCACCCCGAUGCUCAUCAACGCGUGGCGGCAGGGACACGAGGACGCCGACGACGCUGACAUCGACAUCGACAUUACCGUGCCGAGCGACGAGGAGGUGGAGAAGAUGGAGGAGGUGGUCAGGGGCCUCGCAACGCUCAAGGGCCCCACGCUGAGACCCAGGGACGUCGCCGAGGCGGUGCUCUUCUUGGCCAGCGACGAGUCCAGAUACAUCUCCGGCCACAACCUCGUCGUGGACGGCGGCGUCACCACCUCAAGAAAUCUAAUCGGGCUGUGAAUGUGAUUAACUACAUUGAAACAGUACUGAGUUCUCGUUCGUCUAGAUGGUGGGACAGUUAGAAGAAAAUUUAGGUGGUGCAAUUGUACUCGAAGUUCAUUUCAUUUGGUUGAUUGAUUCAACAAAGUGUUGGUCUUGAUCA